AUGGCGGGCGCAUUACCGCGGCGCAUCACCAAGGAAACGCAGAGACUUAUGGCAGAUCCGGUGCCUGGGAUAUCUGCAAUUCCAGAUGAUAAUAACGCGCGAUAUUUUCAUGUCAUCAUUGCUGGACCAGAAGGAAGUCCAUUUGCAGGAGGUGUUUUUAAAUUAGAAUUGUUUCUUCCUGAAGAGUAUCCUAUGGCUGCGCCUAAAGUUCGGUUUAUGACCAAGAUUUAUCAUCCAAAUAUUGACAAACUGGGUAGAAUAUGUCUGGAUAUCCUAAAAGAUAAAUGGUCGCCUGCCCUCCAGAUUCGUACAGUGCUGCUUUCGAUUCAGGCAUUGCUUUCGGCACCGAACCCAGACGAUCCGCUGGCGGCUGAUGUUGCAGAACAAUGGAAGAAUCAUGAAAGUGAGGCAAUUCAAAAAGCUAAAGAGUGGACGGGUUUAUAUGCGAAUGGCCAGUAA